AUGGCGAAGCUUUUGACGGCUCUCUGCGUGAUUGCUGUUGCUUCCGCACUGUUAGUGUUGGGAUGCCACGCUCGGCCGCUUUCGUCGUCCUCUGAUGUGAUUGAAUCGGGGGGUCCUCUGGACCAGCUGUGUCCGGCGUGCAUGUCGGCGGUGCUUCAGGCGCACAUGGUUCUGUCGGCUCCUGACACCGCGGCGGACCUCAUCGACGUCGUCGAAACGUACGCGUGCUCGCAGCUCGACACGGAGAAGGAAGCCAAGUGCGACGCGCUCGUGGAGCAAUACGUGCCGCUAGUCAUUGCUGAGAUGGAUAACGAAAUCACCGUCGACAAAGUCUGUGUGCGGUUCCAUAUCUGCCCACCGAGUCCUGAUGAGCCAAAUUCAGCCGUCGAUCUGACCCCAGCAACUCCAAAAGACAUCCUGGCGUACACCAUCCAGGAGGCGCUUCUGGGGGAGGCUGUAUCUGACCCCGAGGACGUGGCAGGUGCAGCGGAUGUGGUCGGCGAGGUGGCUGCUGUGGAUGAUCAGAAUGCGCUGCAAAACCGGGAGGACUGUGUGGCGUGUCUCAUGAUGGUGCGGGUGAUCAGGAAGAGGCUGUCGGACCCCAAGAUGCAGGCACACAUCAUGGACUUCGUUAUUGGAAGGUGCAACAAGCUGGCCAAUGAGAGUCUCACAGCUGAGGACAUCCUGCCGGUUAUUUUCGAGGAGCUGCCCAAGGUGCUGGACCCCAAGAAGGUCUGCAAGAAGUCUGGCCUGUGUUCCUCGCUUGCCCCGGUUGAGGGUAUGGUGGUUGCUGGACACAGUGAUGAGGACGCCAAGCUUCCGCUGCUGCUUCAGCUGCCUUCAGAAAUGAACUAG